AUGGUUCCUGUUCCUUACCCACACUGGAGAAGGAGUCUGAUGGCAUGUGGUGUGCCAGUGCAAAAUGACCCAAUCAUCAAGGUCAACAAUGUUAAAUCGUAUAUGGUCGGCUCCUACUUAGAGCACCGCGAGGAGGUGAAAAUUAUACGGACAAUUGCUAUAGUGCUGCGUAAUGAAAGCGCAGAAUAUUACUGUUUACUGUGUUGCAGUGGUAAAAAUGUGUCUGUACCUGCGAAUUACAUCAUUCACCCAGACCACUUUGAGUUUGAAUACGGCACAGCUGAUAUUACCUGCCCACUACCAGAAAUGUGUAAGAUACCAACACAUGUGGCUAUAACUUCACAAUCACCUAGUAAAGAAGGAACCUCUCAAGACAUUCAUGCUUUUCAACCUCUUAGGAAUCAAGAGAAGCUGGAUGUUUUUCCUUAUAAGUUUACAGUUUGCAUUUCUACCAUGUUUGAUUAUGUGAAUGUCCUGGAGCUUGUGCAGGCCAUGGAGAUGUUUAAGAUAGUUGGUGUCCAGAAGGUAGCUAUAUACAAAACCAACUGUGACUCUGUAACGCAGAAGGUCCUAAAUUACUAUGUCAAAAAGAACUUUGUGGAGAUCAUCCCCUGGCGUGUAGCAAACUACAUUAACGUGUCGAGAGGCUGGCAGAAAUCUGUCUCAUUGGGAGAUCUGCAUUACUUUGGGCAAAUUGCGGCGCUAAAUGACUGUGUGUACCGUUACAUGUACCAGAGUCACUAUGUAGCUCUACACGAUUUGGAUGAAUUUAUUCUGCCUAUUAAUUUCACCACCUGGUCAGAACUCCUGCCUAAACUGGAGAGGAAAUACAGUCAAAAUGUGGGCUUUGAAUUUGAGGCCUACCUUUUCCCUCAUUCCAUCAUCGAAUUGAUGCCAAAGUAUUCACCGGGCUCAUGGAAAAAGGUUAUGGGAGUCAACAUCUUGGAACAUGUUUACAGGUUAAGCAAUGACCACCAAGAGUUCAAUGAUUUUAAAGUGAUCGUAAAUCCUCGUUUAGUCUUCAGUACUACAGUGCAUGGAUUGCUGCAGUCUGUAAAUGACAGUGUCAGGGUGGACCCUGAGAUUGCACACAUAUACCACAUAAGGAACGUUUCGAGAGAAGACUUGUUUCAAUCUCCCAUUAUACGAGACACACGUCACAGGGACUAUGCAGGCAGGCUUGUUCCUGCUGUUUCUGAAGUGCUUCAAAAAGUGUUGAACAUUUACUAAAGUAUGAUCCUUAAUUAAUUAGAAUUGUUGGCA